UGUAGGAUGGGCCCCUUCUUGUUUAUGGGUAAAGCGAACACAUCUUUGCUUCUCCACCGCUCAGUUGUAUUAUCCACUUACUCAAAACUCUAUAUAAGAUAAGAACCCCAAAAAGAAAAAAGAACAAAAAAAAAGGGUCCAGCACCAGAAGAAGCAGAGAGAACGAUGAAGCAGCUCAAUCUGGCACUACAAAUAUGCUUAACGACCUCUCUGAUACUACAGCUAGUCACUUGCUCAAACUUAACCCCAACGCCCAACCCAUGGCCAGACCAAUUCCAUGCACUUUUGUUUAUGAACUUGAGCACAACAAAGCUGCAACUCAGUGACCUCUGGUACGACUGGCCUAAGGGCCGAAACGUCAAUAUAUUUCAGAAGCAGCUGGGUGAGGUUUUGUAUGACGUAGAGUGGAACAACGGCACGUCGUUUUACUACACCAUAGGGGAAAAUGGAGCAUGUGAGGUUAUGGAGUUUGAAGUUGGCAUUCCUAGGCCUGAUUUUCUUCUUGAUGGGGCACACUAUCUUGGGACUGAAGUCACAGAUGGGUUUCUUUGCAAUGUGUGGGAGAAGGUGGAUUUUAUUUGGUAUUAUGAGGACGUCUACACUAGGAGGCCAGUUCGCUGGGAUUUCUAUGAUGGAAUAUCUAGUCAGGUGAUGACAUUUGAGGUUGGUGCAGUUUUGCCAGAUUCAGUGACUCAAGCACCUGCAUACUGCUUUAACCAAGAGAAAGAUGCAUAAGCUUUAGAAAGUAAAUGGUUAACCAAGAGAAAGCCCUUGAAGAAAACCUUUUGUGAGUUGUGACCCAUAGAGUCGAUGGAGUGGAUUAUUGAUCUUUGUUGUUGGCCAGUAUUAUUAGCUUAUUAUCAAAUACACAGACUAAUUGAGCAACUAGGAGCAGAAAAAUUAUGUCGAAAUAAUUAAUCUUUGUUCUGAACAAAUAAGUUUACCAAACUCAACAAGGCAGGCUGCUGUUUGUGUCCCAUGUAAAAUUAGUCAAGGGUAGGUACUUGGUAGUUGGUGGGGGUGGACACGGUUCGGUCCAGUAAUUUUCACUUUACACUGGAAUCAGAAGCAAUACUACUCAACGGAUAUGAUUCAGUCCGGUUUAAAUCAAUUU